AUGGCUACCAUGGGAACCGUCGGCUGCCAGUGGGGACCAAUCAGUGAGAAGCUCGAAGCGUUAUCAUCCCAAGGAGAGGAUAUGCGGGAGAAGCUGCAGCUUUUGAGAACGAGCAAUAAAAAAUUGGAGGAACGAGUGAAAGAACUCAGCAACAGAAAACUCUCCCUUCAACAGUUACUCUCCCGUUUAGAUGCAGAUGCAGGACGGAAGGCCGCUGAGAGUGAACUUCAAGCGGAAAAAACUAGUGGCACUCGGGAACGGCUGCAAAAAGCUUUGAGCCGCAAGCGGGAUCUAGUCUUCGCAAAUACAUGGAUGAAAGCGGGUCUCACUUGCGCAUCCCUUCAUCAUAUCACGAACCUGCGAAGGGGGGUUGAUGCAUUGAUAUCGACGAUGGCCUCCAAAGAUGGGUUUCUCUCUGCCACUUUGGGUGGGUCGCUAGCGGGACGACAGCGAUCCACCACAGCCAUGAAAGAGCUCGAGAACGGGCAAAUGCGUAAGUGCUACUAG